UAUGGAAGCGGAAAUCAACAGCUCCUUAGAGUAUACACCGACAUGGAUAGUUGCCAGUGUCUGCUUCGUCAUUGUUCUAAUAUCUUUAUGUGCUGCGCGUGGCAUUCAUCACCUUGGAAAGCUGUUGGAGCAUAAGGGUCAAGAUGAACUAAAUGAAGCGUUAGAAAAAUUAAAGGAAGAACUGAUGCUUUUAGGGUUCAUUUCCCUUCUAUUAACGGCCUUCCAAGGUUUCAUAAGUCGCAUGUGCAUACCAACUCAUCUUUCAUAUUCCAUGCUUCCAUGCAAGAGGGGCACUGUUUCCUCCAAUGGUUCCGAACAUUACUAUAAUCUUGCUACAAACAAUCGACGACGACUUUUGUCUGAAGAAACUAAUUCAGGGCACUGCCUACAUGAGGGGAAGGUUCAAUUGAUAUCAUUGGAAGCAUUACAUCAGCUACACAUUUUCAUCUUUGUAUUGGCAAUUUUCCAUGUGAUCUUCUGUGUCUCUACAAUGGUCCUUGGAGGAGUCAGGAUACGCCAAUGGAAGGUCUGGGAGGAUUCAAUUAAGGAAGAAAUUUCAAGAGGGGAUCCAACAAAGAGAAACGCGCCUGCUUAUGAUAACAAUAAGUUCUUGAAACAACGUACACAAGGAUUUUGGAGAAAGGCAGAAGCUGUAAGUUGGCUGAUAUCAUUCUUCAAACAGUUUUAUGGCUCUGUUAACAAGUCCGAUUACACUGAAUUGCGAAAAGGAUUCAUCAAGGAGCACUGCCCUGGAAAUCCUAAAUUUGAUUUUCACAAAUACAUAGUGCGGACACUUGAAAAUGAUUUCAAAAAAAUUGUUAGCAUAAGCUGGUACCUAUGGGUGUUUGUUGUGGUUUUCUUGCUACUGAAUGUGGCAGGAUGGCACUCGUAUUUUUGGUUGUCAUUUUUGCCAGUGAUUCUGCUACUUUUCGUGGGUGCUAAGUUAGAACACAUAAUCACUAGUUUGGCUCAGGAUGCGGUUGAGAGCAAGAUAAGUAAUCGUGAAGCACAACAGGUUACAGAGAUGACCAGAGACAAUAGUGUAGAGCAUAAUGUUGUGGAAAAAAAGGCCGAAGACCAUGAAGUACCUCAAGUGAAGCCUUCAGAUAAACACUUUUGGUUUAGUAGCCCUGACAUUGUUCUUGACUUACUUCAAUUCAUUUUGUUUCAGAAUUCAUUUGAGAUUGCAUUCUUCGUCUGGAUCUUGUGCAUAUAUGGAUUCAAUUCAUGCAUCAUGGAGAAACCAGGCUUCAUUAUCACAAGAAUUGUUAUGGGUGUGAUUGUUCAAGUGCUAUGCAGUUACUGCACCAUGCCUUUGUAUGCUCUUGUGACCCAGAUGGGUAGCUCAUACAAAGGGGCUAUAUUUCACGAGCUUUUGCAUUCAGCAUUCAGAAGUUGGGCUACACCUGGUCCAAGGAAGAGAAGAUUCGGAAGAACAAGGGGCCAAACUGAAGAAAGUCAGACACAAAUGCAAAAAAUGGCUAAAGAAUCACCCCAAAAUGAUCCGAUUUCAGAACAAGCAAUUGUUGUGAUUGAAGAAACUAGUACAUCAAUAACAGAGCAUACUUCUGUAGCACAACUGCCUUUUACAUCAUCUUAACUUUCUUCCAUGAUAUCAAGG